GACCCUGUGUUCGUGGGAGGGGAAAGGUGCAUCGAUUGGGAGAGAAAAGGGCCUUACUCUUGAACACUGAUUCAUUAUGAGCUUUAAAAAUUGCCUUAAAUUCAGCGGGCCAAAUUCUGUCCUGAAGGUAAUAGGAUUGCAGAGGGCUUCAGGCCAGACUUUGAUCCUGAGAGUCUGUUUUAUUUUGUCAGUUAUGCAAUAGGCUGACCUUACAUGCCAUGUUUUUGUUUGUCAGCAGUAUGAUUCAGCGGCACAUACAGAGCAGUUCUGAUAGAACUUAAAUUUUAUAUCAGUCUUAACUCAGGCAAACCUCCCAGGUCUGGAGAAUGUGACCUGGGUGACAUACUCUGCUCUAUGAAGUUCACCCUUGGGGCAGUGUCCCUGAUUUUCUAAACCUCUCAUACCAUUAAUGUAAGUUUAUCUAUGGGCCUCUGAUCCUUUCCGGCCCCUUGGUACUUCUGUGAAUUUCAGCUUUGAGCUUAUCUAUACAAGAUUGGGAGCUGCUGAGUGCUGCAAAAAAAGCGGCAAGAAAUACCCCAGCGAAUGUAGAAACUCAGCAAGUGGAAGAUGACAGAACCAAAGCUUUGCCUGCUUUAGGGGAGCAACAGAACUCCAAUAAUGACAUAAGAGUCUGCGUUCAUCUGGGAAUCUCAGACAAAGCAGCCUGGAGGAACAGCAUUUCUGUCGAAGAAGGUUUGUUUCAGCUGAAGCCCAAAGAGUACCAGAAGCAACAACCACUGAGUAGCCUGGCAAGAGGGAAAGACGAGCUGAAGCCACUGCAUAGCGAGGAAUGGAAGCACCGAGAGACUAGGUGCCUCGAUCAAGAUCACAAAACAAUGUAGGAAAGAGGCUGAACCAGAGGCUGAACCAGAAAAGAAAGCAAAGCCAAUGUGAAAUAUUGAAUGAAGAUAGUGGACAAUUACUUCCAACUUGUUCCCAGUCUGAAUUAUACAGCCUAAGCUGGAACUGCCACGUGAAAAUGACACAGCAAAUGCAGAACUUGAACCUUUCGCAGACAAAAAAGAACAGUGGGCCGUCUUCUCCGAAUGCUGCUAAACGACUGUAUCGCAACCUCUCCGAGAAGCUGAAGGGGAGUCACGCAUCUUUUGAUGAGGCGUAUUUCAGGGCCAGAUCAGAUCGACUCAGUCUCCGAAAGACUUCUGUGAAUUUCCAAUGUAACGAAGCAAUGUUUGAGGCGGUGGAACAGCAGGAUUUGGACGCUGUUCAGAUUCUCCUCUAUCAAUAUACACCAGAGGAGCUGGAUCUAAACACGCCGAACAGUGAGGGAUUAACUCCCUUGGAUAUUGCCAUCCUGACAAACAACGUGCCUAUCGCUAGGAUCCUUCUGAGGAUUGGCGCAAAAGAAAGCCCGCACUUUGUUAAUAUGGAAAGCAGGUCAAUGCAUCUGAGCACCUUGGUCCAGGAAGCCCAGCAGCGAGUGAGUGAGCUGUCUGCACAAGUGAUGAGUGAAGGUCUUAGUAUGGACGACACAGACAAAGAGAAGCAACUAAAAGCGUGGGAGUGGAGAUACAGGCUAUACAAGCGCAUGAAAGCAGGCUAUGAGCAUGCCAGAGCCCCUGAGGCGCCAACCAAUGUCUGUUUCAUGGUAACAAGCAGCACAUCACUCACUGUCACCUUCCAAGAACCUCUUAGCGUCAACUCGGCUGUAGUGACCAAAUAUAAAGUGGAAUGGAGCUGUUCUGAAGACUUUUCUCCGUUGGCUGGGGAAAUAAUCAUGGACAAUCUUCAGUCUUUGAGAUGCACCAUCACAGGCCUCAGAAUGGGCCAAAGUUAUUACGCUCGUGUGUCAGCAUACAAUAUGAAGGGAUGGGGACCUUCACAGACUACCACUCCUGCCUGUGCUUCUCCUUCUAACUGGAAAGACUGCGAUGGCAGAGAACCUAGGCACUGGGGACAUACUGAAGCCCUGGAACGUCUCCUUCAGCAGGUUCGAGCGGCUCAUCAGCAUUACAGUUGCCGAGAAAGUUCUAAACUACAGAAUGCUGGUCGCAAGCAAUCGGUCUCCAGGAGCCUGAAGCAUCUUUUCCAUUCUUCAAACAAGUUUGUGAAGACUCUGAAACGUGGACUCUACAUAGCUGUCAUAUUUUAUUACAAAGACAACUUGUUAGUAACCAAUGAAGAUCAAAUCCCAAUUGUGGAAAUUGAUGACUCACACACCAGUUCCAUUAUGCAAGAUUUUCUGUGGUUCACAAAGCUGUCUUGUAUGUGGGAUGAUAUCAGAUGGCUGAGGCAGAAUAUGUCCAUAUCCAUGUCCUCAUCAACAGCACUUCAAGCCAGGCAAAAGAUGGUUUCGGCAACUGCACAGUUACAGAACUUGCUGGGAACUCACAACUUAGGCAGAGUUUAUUACGAGCCGAUCAAGGACAGACAUGGCAAUAUCCUGAUAGUUACGAUAAGAGAAGUAGAGACUCUCUAUUCAUUUUUUAAUGGCAAAUGGAUGCAAAUAUCCAAGCUACAAAGCCAGAGAAAAUCCCUUUCAACUCCCGAGGAGCCAACGGCAUUAGACAUCUUGCUCAUAACGAUCCAGGACACACUUUUCUAUCACAGAAGAAGCCAGCAGCGCCUCCCUCCUGGCUUGUAUCUGGGUUACCUGAAACUCUGCAGCUCCGUAGAUCAAAUCAAAGUCCUUGUACUGCAAAAGCUGCCCAACAUUCUGUGUCAUGUUAAAAUCCGAGACAACAGCAAUGUUUCCAAAGAUGAGUGGGAAUGGCUCCAAAUGCUUUCUGGCUUGGAAUCGGUGGAAAGUGUGGAUCAUGCUUCAGACUGCCCUACUCUGUUGUUCUUCUAUGAGCUCCAGAUGGCAGUGAAAGCUCUCCUCAAACAGAUCAAUCUACCUCUGCGACAGGCUAAGCACUUCCGUCUGUAUACACAGGAGGUGUUGGAACUGGGUCACAAUGUCUCCUUUCUUCUCCUGCUCCCCGCCUCAGACGACGUCUGCACUGCCCCAGGACAGAAUAAUCCUUACACCCCACAUUCAGGAUUUCUUAACCUCCCUCUUCAGAUGUUUGAACUCGUUCAUUUUUGCUGUUACAAGGAGAAAUUUAUUAGUCUGUAUUGCCGCCUUUCUGCUAUCAUAGAGCUGGACUCUCUGAAAACCCAGCAGUCCCUAAGGGAAGCAAUUUCAGACAGGGAAGUUGCUGCUGCCAAACAAAGACACCAGCAAGUUUUAGACUAUAUACAGCAAAUCGACGAGAUCUGGCGUGAAAUGAGAUGGAUCACAGAGGCGCUGCAGUAUGCCAGGUACAAACAGCCGGUGGCUGGCUUGCUCAUAACAAAGCUUGUGGACCUGUCGGAAGAGCAGAAUCAGAAGAAAAUAAAUUCAACAUCCUCUCAUCUAGAUUGUCUUCCAUCACCACCACCCUCACCAGAGACCAGGAGCCAGAGGAGAAAAGCCCUGAGUGAUUCCCAGCCCUGCUCGGACGAAGAAGGCUGCUCUGAAGUAUUUCUUCCAACCGACAGCGACUAUGAUUCCAGUGAUGCAUUGAGCCCCAGAGAACUGGAUUUGGUUUAUUCAUCCUCACAUGACAUAUCCCAACAGGCAGUGGGUGGCCUGGGCGGCAGUGCACCUGACGUCCUCCAGGUCCAUGAUAUGAAGCCUCACCUGACUUUGAAAGAAGACCCGAAAGGGGGAAGUGACUUGGAUGCCAGUGCCGAAUACUGCACAGAGUACAUGAACAGUCUGACCAUGGGAGGGUUCACGUCAAAAAGCCUGGACAAGACUUCCAACUCCAGGCAGCCUUUGAGUUUCUUGGGGAAAAAAAAAAAGCUAGGGAAACAUCAGCACUAUAAUUACUUCAGCCGGCACCAUCGCUGGCUGCGAGUGCACAGCGAGACGCAGCCCGCCUCUCUUUCCGAGGGUGUGUACACACAGCAUCUCACAGGAGCCACGGAAUUAUCACAGGAGCCUACCUCCAGCAAGCAAAUAAGGAUCCCCGUCGAUGGUCCUCGGAGCACUUUCUUACCUCAUGCUUCGAGCCUCCCAGAAGAUGGGAAAGGCAAGUACCAUGAAUCGAAGCCGAAUAUCCGUAGGAUCUACGUGGAGCCCUACAAAACCACGUUAUUAGGCGAAGAGGGCAAGCCCUGGGUGCUGAGCAUGCAGUCUGUAGAACGUGGAGAUUUGCACGAUACCACGGGACAAGAAAUGGGUUUGGAUGAUCAGUCAAAUUCUCCCAUCUCUGAAGUAUUCAGUAGCACGCUUUAGGAGUUUGCGCUGGGUCAUUGCACUGCCUCGCACCGCCCCCAAAAUGGCAUUGUGAGCAUUAUGAAUUUAGGACCAUAUUUUCAAAGCAACCUUUAAAAUGCAGAUCCUCAACUGGCAUCUCGUUCCACUUACUUUACCAGCUGAGGAUCUUAAAUGGGUAUUCCCAAAAGCACAUGCCAAAUCACUUGCAUCUGCAAUUUUGCAGGUGUAAAUAAGAAACAUUUACCAUCUAACUUAAUGCUGCAUGGUGGCAAAUCGGGUAGUUAGGCGUUGAAAUUUGCUUAAUGACUCACACAAAUGUCUGGGCAUGCAGAAUUUCAGGCACAUAUGAUUUUGCCUGAAAAA